UGUAAGAAGAGAGAAAAAUUUCCAAGAAUUCAAAACAUCGCAGUGGCUUGAGUAUCUGGAAGAGUUUUAUAAUAGAGAAACCAGCCCGGCUUAUGGAUAUAAUUGGCAUGUCGAACAAGAUCUUGAGCACAGAGAAGGGGAGAAAAAAAGAGCAAGCGACGGCGGUGCGUAUAGCAAGGGAUCCGGAUCAAGCGGCGGUGCGCAUGGCAAGGGAUUGGGAUCGAGGAGCGGUGCAAGUCGCAAGGGUCCGACAACAAGCGGCGGUGCAAGCGUGGGAUCGGGAUCGAUCAGCGGUGCAAGUGGCAAGGGUUCGGGACCAAGCGGCGGUGGUUCAACUGUCAAAGGGUCCCACGAUCGAGUCGAACACGACAGUGGUUCAGUACUGGAGCGCUUCCGGCUUGACCAACCGAAAAAACUCACGGUCGAGUCGAAUCCGACAGUGGGAUCGGGAUCGAUCGGCGGUGCAAGUGGCAAGGCUUCGGGACCAAGCGGCGGUGGUUCAACUGUCAAAGGGUCCCAUGGUUGAGUCGAACAUAACAGUGUUCCCGUAUUGGAGCGCUCCCGGCUUGACGAAGCGAAGAAGCUCACGGUCGAGUCGAAUCCGACAGUGGGAUCGAGAUCGAUCGGCGGUGCAAGUGGCAAGGGUUCGGGACCAAGCGGAGGUGUAAGCGGCAAGGGCGUAAGUCCGGAUGACCAAGUUUGGGCAGCCACGAUGUU